AUCUAUAUACUAUGUGGUAGUAUCUACAUAUACACACGAUCGCUCUGAUCACUUUCAUCGCUUCUCCUUUCUAUUUUCUUCGUCCUCCUCAAAUCACACCCCUCCAUUAUUAGUUCACCAAAGAGCCAAAGCCAAUGGCUCACUCUCUCGGCCUCACUCAACCCAAACCCACCGACCAUCCCAAGAUCUCGUUCUCCGCCAAGGACAUCGACGUGACGGAGUGGAAAGGAGACUUACUCGUCGUCGGCGUGACGGAGAAAGACUCGACGAGAGACUCAUCCUCAAAGUUCGAGAACCCGAUCUUGAACAAGCUCGACGCUCACUCGAGUGGACUCUUGGCUCUGGUCUCGUCUGAAGAGGAUUUCAACGGUAAACCGGGUCAGUCAACGGUUCUUAGACUUCCCGGUUUAGGGUCGAAACGGAUCGGUUUGAUCGGUUUAGGAAAGUCCGCGGCUUUCCAAAGCCUUGGUGAAGCUGUUGCUACUGUUGCGAAGGCUUCACAGUCUAGCAGCGUUGGUGUUGCUCUUGCCUCUCAUGAAACUGAAUCAAAGCUUAGCUCUGCGUCAGCUUUAGCUUCAGGCGUAGUGCUUGGGUUGUUUGAGGAUGGGAGGUUUAAAUCUGAGUCAAAGAAACCAUCUUUGAGCUCUGUUGAUAUCAUUGGAUUUGGAACUGGGCCUGAGCUGGAGAAGAAGCUCAAGUAUGCUGAAGAUGUUUCCUACGGUGUUAUUUUCGGGAGAGAGCUCACUAACUCUCCUGCUAAUGUGCUUACUCCCGCUGUGCUUGCUGAUGAAGCAGUGAAAGUGGCUUCUAGUUAUAGUGAUGUGUUCACUGCUAACAUCUUGAACGAGGAGCAGUGCAGAGAGUUGAAGAUGGGUUCUUAUCUAGCUGUUGCUGCUGCUUCGGCUAAUCCUCCUUUCUUCAUCCACCUUGUGUAUAGACCUUCGAGUGGCGAUGUUAAGACCAAGCUUGCACUUGUUGGAAAAGGAUUGACCUUUGACAGUGGUGGCUACAACAUUAAGGCUGGACCUGGUUCGUCAAUUGAGCUCAUGAAAUUCGACAUGGGUGGUUCAGCUGCUGUUCUUGGUGCUGCGAAAGCCAUUGGUGAGAUUAAGCCUCCUGGUGUUGAGGUUCAUUUCAUCGUUGCAGCCUGUGAGAAUAUGAUUAGUGGAACUGGAAUGAGACCUGGUGAUGUCAUCACAGCCUCUAACGGAAAGACCAUUGAGGUAUCAGAUGAUUGUUUAUUUAUGUUUGAGACUUUUGUUGUUUUCCCCAUGGCGAUGCUCAAGUGUUGGCAAUGGUGUUUUCAGGUCAACAACACAGAUGCUGAAGGUCGUCUAACACUUGCUGAUGCUCUAGUCUAUGCUUGUAACCAGGGCGUUGACAAGAUUGUUGACCUGGCUACUUUGACCGGGGCAUGCGUUAUUGCUCUUGGAACAUCAAUGGCAGGAAUUUACACACCUAAUGAUGAGCUUGCAACGGAGGUGAUUGCUGCAUCAGAGAAGAGUGGGGAGAAGCUGUGGAGGAUGCCAUUAGAGGAGAGCUACUGGGAGAUGAUGAAGUCUGGAUGUGCUGAUAUGGUCAACACAGGCGGGCGAGCAGGAGGCUCCAUCACCGCAGCUCUCUUCUUGAAACAGUUUGUGAGCGAGAAGGUGCAGUGGAUGCAUAUAGACAUGGCUGGACCGGUGUGGAACGAGAAGAAGAAGUCUGGGACUGGGUUUGGUGUAGCGACGCUUGUCGAAUGGGUGCAGACGAAUUCUUCUGCGUAGAUGUAACCUGGAGGAUGAGAUAAAAAGAGUGAGAGAGACCCUUCAGUUUUUCUGGUGUUGAAGUGAUUGCUGGUCUUAUAAUAAGUUGUUGUGUUUUAAAUGUGACAGUAAAUUAUCAUAUGUUGAAUAAAGGGGUCCCUUUGCUUUGUCGUUCA